AGUAGACACGCAGCUGAAAGCGGAACGCGACGCACAGAGAGGGUCUGUUAUGCUACAUUGUUCAGAAAGAUUUUGUUUGUAGCGGGUGCAUGAUAGAUGCUUGUCACUAGUAAAUCGACAAACAAAAUUAAAGAUAUGACGCGAAGCUAUGUUAUGGAUUUAGACCUGAUGAGAUGCUAAUGGCCCUAGCAUUUUUGACGUCUCAAACUUUUCAUUGGUUUUUUCCUCCACUGCGUGUUAGGCGUACCUUUUUUAGCCCACCCACUCCUUGCUUCCCGCUUCAUAGAAAGCGCUCAACAUGACGAGCCACAAGAGAGGUUGGAUAGUAAAGCAGCGGCUGCGUCGAUGAGCAGUGGGGAUGACAGUAUGGGAAACCUAGCUAGAGGCGAUGCGUCCAGUGACUGGGG